AUAUUGAUGUGAAAAUACAUGAAGCUGAUUGUGAUCCAAAUGGAGAUUAUGUUAUGCUUGAUUUGUCUUAUGGAUUAUAAGUGAAUAUUGUGUGCACUUUAUGGCCCCAAUUUAGACAGGCCUAGCUUUUAUACAGAUGUAAGUUAAAAACACUCUUUUUUGGUGGACUCGACUAGUUCAAAUUAUAUAUACAUCAACGAUUACGCAAAAGCAUUUUCUUUCCUUAUGCAAUUCGAUCACUACCUCCUAGUACGCUGACAUGUAAAUAUGUUUACAACUGACUCCAAAAAUGAAUCUUAAAUCAAAUAUGUGCACCAACACGGAAAAUAACUUUUUUAAAAGACAGGGUAAAUAAAUUAAACAGUGUAAUGGAUCAAUUAUUUUAAAUGCAACCCUAACUGAUUUAACAGGAAAGUUUUAAUAGCAUUUUUCCAAAAUGGAAAGACUUGGUCGCUGUCAGGUACUCAUUGUACUGCUUGUGAUUUUGACUAUUGAGAUAGAUGAGAGUGAGGAAGUCUCUGCCGUUGUCGAAGAUAGGAAUGGAGAUUCUACCACUACCACAACCGUGAAUGUUGACAACCCAACAGACUGUGAUAAGGUUUUCCAUAUUAUUGUGACAGGAUCAGGACUGUUCAAUUAUGUGAUAGCUACUGGCAACAUAGGUAGUGUCUUUACCACUGCCGUAGAUACAGAUAGCGGUGAUGAGAAACUACAGUGUAACAUGGCAACUAUUAGAACCAAUGCGAUAGCGUCAUACAGCUUGUCAAUAACUGUCACAGAUACUGGCGACUCAUCCACAGCCACCACAACUGUUACCGUGACUGUUGAAAACCUCGUUAUACCAAGUGCAGAAUGUGACCACGUUCCAAGUGUACUAAAUGGAAGCAUUGUCGGUGGAGAUCAGUCACCUUAUGUCGAGGGUCAGAAUGUGACGUACAAUUGCACAAGCGGGUACACUAUAAAUGGUACUACGACGAUAUCCUGUAACGGCUCUGGGGUCUGGUCGGAGACACCAUCUUGCCUUAAAGAUUGUGACUCAGUGCCUAGUGUACUUAAUGCAGAAAUUGUCGGCGGGAAUCUGUCCUCUUACGUCGAGGGUCAUACCUUGACGUACUCCUGCACUAACGGUUUCACUAUGAUGGGAACACCGACAAUAACCUGUGAUGCAACUGGGGCCUGGACGGUACCUCCAUCUUGUCAAAAAGAUAUAGGCUCAGCUUGCUCCUCUGAUGCUGAAUGUCAGAACAACUUGCACACACCGCCCUAUGUUUGUGAUAAUACUGUGUGUAAAUUUGGGGUCGGAGGAAGAAAUUGCACAGUAUUGACGAACUCCUGCCUAACAAAUGGUCGAUGUACGUCAGAUGCUUGUGAAUGUGUUGACGGCUUUGACCCUGUUGACAACAAGUGUUACGAGUUGAUACUGCAAAGUCCAAAUAACGGUAGCAGGAUAGAAAUCUGCGAGACAACGGAAAUAAAUGAAGUGAUUGCAAAUCUUUCCGCUAGUUUCGCUCCAACAAGUACUGACUUCGUGUUCAACAUUUCCGACCCGUCGAACAACUUUGCGAUAGCAGACGACACCAUUAUGGUUGUUUCGGAUUUAGACGUUGACGUUGAAUCACCCGUCACUUCCUACGUAUUCAUAAUCGAACUUUCGCAUCCAAACAGUUCCCGAACAGCUUCAUCUACAAUCACCAUACGUGUAGAGGAUGAUAAUGAUAAUGCCCCUGAAUUUAGCAGUGACAGUUACACAUUCGACAUAAGUGAACAAUCUACAGCAUCAACUACCGUUGGAAUGAUAGCGGCUACGGACAAAGACAGCACGUCACCAAACAACAUGAUCGCUAACUACACAGUUAUUGGGACCAAUGAAUUUGAAAUCACCUCGGACGGGGUGUUGAGGGUUUCAUCUGGUGCAUCGUUUAAUUACACUACGACGCCAUUAUACACAUUUUUUAUCAUGGCAAUGGAUGGCGCGCUUGAAGAUGUGGAACUGUCGACAAAUGUGCCCGUUACUGUAAACAUUAUACCAGUUACCAAAACAACUACAAAAACUCCGUCAACCUCACCACCAAUCGAAACUAAGACACACGCAUCGACCAGCGAAAAAGAUGCUUAUAUAGGCGGCGGUGUUGGAGCCGCUCUUGUGCUCAUCAUCGUCAUCAUCGUCAUCGUCGUCAUCGUCUGUGUACGGAGAGGGGAGCGAGCUGAUGAUGAAAACCGGUGCCUGACUGACGUUUCCGGCCAGUAUAAAUCGACUUUACCUUUAGUGGACAUUCAGGCAAAGGAGGGCCAGGAAAACAGCGAUAUUGAUGACCCUAACAACCUGAAUGACAUUCGCGCCACUGAGAUACACCAGAAUGAUUCCCCCCUUUCUGAAACGGAAACUCAGACAAAGGAAGACCAUGAAAGCAGUGAUAAUGAUAACCACAAGAGCCUGAACGACAUUCGCGAUAUUGAGAUGCACCAGAAUGAUUCCCCCCUUUCUGAAACCGAAACUCAGACAAAGGAAGACCAUGAAAGCAGUGAUAAUGAUGGCCACAAGAGCCUGAACGACAUUCGCGCCAUUGAGAUACACCAUGAGUCCCCCCUAUCUGAAGCGGAAAUUCAGGAAAACGAAAACCAUGGAUACAGUAAACUUGAAUUGGCAACUAGCCUCUAAAGAAGCAUCGUAUAUUCCCAACGUUUUAAUUUCUAUUUAACACUUCCUAUGCAACAUUGUAUAUUCAACAUUUCACUUGUGUAAUUUUCUAUUGAAUAUUAAUUUUUUAUUCAACAUUUCCCAUUAUUUAUGUCCUUUGGAACACAUAAUAACUCCCUACAAUAUGAAACAUUUUCUGUUCAACAUUUCACAUGUUUUAUUUUCUAUUUUACAUUUUGGGUGUGUCAUGUUUCACAUGAACGUGUACAAUGUUUCAUAUUGUAGGGAGUUUUUAUGUACUAAAUAUAAUUGAUACACGUUUAACAAUAGUGCAUGCUUAACUUUUUGUAGUAUGCUAUACAUAUUGCCGACUUAUACUAGCUAUAUAUUAUAGACCAUUUCAUUAAGAUAUGAUUGCGUUCAUAUCACCAAUUAUGACAUCAAUCACGCAAUUCAUUACUUAAAUUCACACCAAUAGUUUAUUAUUUCUGUUCAGAAUUGUUUAAAAAAUGCUUCAUUUCAUUUAAGAAAACCUUACGGUAAUUCUUUCUCACCCAUGCUGUAAAUUAAAACCCCGACUGUAACCGGAAACAGUAUAUAUCAAAUAACGUCACAAUAACGCGGGAAAAAAUAAUAUAACUUCUGUUAUUUUAUAAACGUAAACUUGAAACGCUUAUAACAACAAAUAAUUAAUCUAUCAUUAAUUAACACUUUACAACAGGUUAUUUUAAGUGUUCGCGGCAUGCUGGCAGAAUUCAAACAAUAACACAAUCAGCAAUUUACAUGUCAAUUAAUCUGGGAUGAUUCGCAAUCCGAACAUAUCGAAAGAUGUUUCGAUAUUCGGGAAAUAUUCGCUAUUGUCGAAAGGCAGUUUGUUGAAGUGUAAAUAUUCUGAGAAUGAACCUGCAACUAUUGCAUGAUAUGUUGUUAAAACAGUUCAGAUAAAGGACUCCGAUUAUACUUUGAAUUAUUCAAGUUAUACAAGCAUAUUUUUAUUAGGUUUCAUUGUACUUGAUUGAUUGCUACAUAUACCCAUAAGUUAUGAUAGCAAAAGUUUUGUUAAAUAAAAAUCUGUUUUAUGUGGGUCAAAAUUGUUGAAUAAUAUUGAUAAAAAUUAUCAGAAUCUCCUUUAUAUUUGUUACCAUAGCGCUACAAUUACAUUGUGUGUUUGUAAAACAUGCUUAUUUAUAGAAGCAUACAUAGGGAAUAUUUGUCGGUUGAUCCGUGUUGUUGUUUCUCUUCGAGUUGCUUGUGGAAGAAUUCCAAGCAACGUGAUCAUCUAACUCCUUCAAACUAUUUCUUAAUAAAAAUAGCAAUCUU